UUCUCUAAUGAAGAACUAUUUCAACACGCUAUUUCAUUUGCUAAUGAUUACCUAUAUCCAAACAAUGUUGAACAAGCUAAAUCUAUCAAUAGUUCAUAUUUUGCUGAAGAUGUUGUUGGCCGUAUUGAUGUUACAAGAAACUUUGAAGGAAAAGAGUUAAAUACUGAAUACCUCUUCGGGUUAUUCUCUCAAUUGUCAGAUAAUGCCGUCACUAACUUGAUUGGUUAUUCAACUUCUUAUGAUGUUUAUGAGUUUUUGGGUAAUUGUAACCAAUAUACCAUGUCUGUUGUUAAUAAUGGUACUUUCCCAAGUUUAGGUAAUGCCAGUUUACCAAUUGCUGUCAAUAUUUGGAUCAAAUUGAAUGAAUAUAAAGAAAUUGUUCAAUAUGAUUUAACUUUCUUGAAAUUUGAAAGAUUAUUUGAAGCUAUUGAAUUAGCUGGUUAUCAAGCAUUAUCUGGGAACAAGACAGCUACUGAAAUCCCAGAGGAAGGCUAUAAACAAUUACAAGGCUUGCUAGUGAAAUCAAUCUGUGAUGUCCAUGAUCAUUAUUGUCAAAAAGAUUAUCCACAAUAUGAUUCCAAACAAGAUUGUAUUGAUUAUUUGACCAAGACAAGAUUAGGUAAAGAUUAUGAAGGUGGUAGAAAUACAGUUUGGUGUAGAUCAUUGCAUCAAAAUAUGAUUGAAUAUAGACCAAAUGUUCAUUGUCCUCAUUUAGGUCCUUCUGGUGGUGAUAUGUGUACUGAUGAAGACACUGGGUUCUUGGAAGUUACAUAUAACUACAAAAAGACCUUCCAUAACCCUUGGAUGGUU